GAAGUCCCGGAUGAAGGAUGCAGACCUGUCCUGUAUCUGUGAGUGGAGGAAGCUCCAUAAGCUGACCCUGGGCGGGUUGCCAGGGGUGACCACGGGUGAGUUCCUGCAGACCCUCCCAGAGAAGUGUCCAGCCCUGCGGCACCUGUCCCUGGCAAACCUGGGUCCCACCGGACAGUGCACUUACUCCAAGAACCUUCUGUCUGCACUGAGAAGGAUGCCACACUUACAGGACUUCAGGUUUGAGCAGACAAACUUCAACGUAGCCUGGAGUUUCCUGGAGGCUCUGUACAACUGCAAGGGCCUACAGAGACUGUGUGUGGUGGCCAGGAAUGGGGAGUAAGUUGUGAACAUUGUAUAGAAGUUGUGAACAUUGUAGAGAAGUUGUGAACAUUGUAGAGAAGUUGUGAACAUUGUAGAGAAGUUGUGAACAUUGUAGAGAAGUUGUGAACAU